UUCCUCUCAGAAUAUCAUUUGAAAAGAAAUGGGUAGUUAGAAUUUGUUUUGAAACGUCCAGUGCACUGAGGUAUUUGUUAGUGCUUUAAGUAAAAUUUAAAAAUAUUUGUGUUUUGUUCCUUGUCUUUUGUCUUUUUACAAGAAUAAUGCUAUCUUAGUCACAAAGAAAACUCAUAUUUUUGCUUUAGGUGAAAUGCUAUAAUGCUUUCCAUACCUGGAAACAAAUCUUUGCCUUUAGAGUUGGAAAAUAUUUAACUCUCAACAAAUGAAUUCCACACUUGAACUCUGCCGUAUUCCUGUGCCACCUCCUCCUUUAGAAAACUGAUCUUAAGACAGGUAAGAGAAGACUGGAGGGAAGAUGCUGGGGUCCGAGCGGGCUGUCGUGGAGGAGUGGUUGUCAGAGUUCAAGGCGUUACCUGACACUCAGAUCACCAACUAUGCAGCAACUUUACACCGGAAAAAAGCGCUGGUCCCUGCACUCUAUAAAGUUAUUCAGGACUCCAACAACGAGCUCCUGGAGCCUGUCUGCCACCAACUGUUUGAGCUCUACCGCAGCUCUGAAGUGCGACUGAAGAGGUUCACACUGCAGUUCUUGCCUGAGUUGAUGUGGGUUUAUUUGCGACUCACAGUUAGCAGAGACAGACAGAGCAACGGCUGCAUCGAAGCGCUCCUCCUAGGAAUUUAUAAUUUGGAAAUUGCUGAUAAAGAUGGAAACAAUAAAGUGCUGUCUUUCACUAUCCCUUCCUUAUCCAAGCCUUCAAUAUACCAUGAACCCUCAACAAUUGGAUCCAUGGCUUUAACAGAAGGGGCGUUGUGUCAGCAUGAUCUCAUCAGGGUUGUUUACAGUGAUCUUCAUCCUCAGAGAGAAACAUUCACUGCACAAAACCGGUUUGAAGUCUUGAGUUUCCUCAUGCUGUGCUAUAAUUCUGCUAUUGUAUAUAUGCCUGCCUCGUCGUACCAGUCUCUCUGUCGAAUGGGUUCCAGGGUUUGUGUGAGUGGGUUUCCGAGGCAACAUGAGAAAAAGUGGAAAGAAAUCUGUGGUCGAAUAGUAUUAGAUCCUGAAUUUAUGGUGCAACUUCUCACAGGAGUUUACUAUGCCAUGUAUAAUGGACAGUGGGACCUUGGCCAGGAAGUACUUGAUGACAUCAUUUAUAGAGCCCAGCUAGAACUCUUUUCUCAGCCACUCUUGGUUGCCAAUGCCAUGAAAAACUCGUUACCAUUUGAUGCACCUGAUUCUUCACAAGAAGGCCAGAAGGUGCUUAAAGUGGAAGUCACUCCAACAGUGCCGAGGAUCUCUCGGACUGCAAUUACAACAGCUUCGAUCCGUCGUCACAGAUGGAGACGAGAAGAUGGCUUUGACUUCUCAAACGAGGCUGACUCGAGUAUUCCUGGCUCCCCGAUCCAACACGGCUCCACUGACCUAGGGAUCAAACGUGUGCAAGAGGGGGAGGUGCGCAGGACCCCUGAGCAUGGCUCGCCGGAGCCCAACUCGGCAGCAGCCACAACAGAGGGUGCUGAGGGUCUAAAUGGAGAAGAGUCUUUAAACAUGAACGAUGCAGACGAAGGAUUUUCCUCGGGGGCUUCUCUCAGCAGCCAACCACCUGGGACCAAACCGUCCUCUUCUCAGAGGGGAAGUUUACGGAAAGUAGCAACUGGGCGGUCCGCCAAAGAUAAAGAAACAGCAUCUGCCAUCAAAUCCAGUGAGAGCCCUCGAGAUUCAGGAGUUCGCAAGCAGUUUGGACAACCAGCCGAUCUUAGCCUAGAUUCAGUCGAGCUGACGCCGAUGAAGAAACACCUGAGCCUGCCUGCUGGCCAGGUGGUGCCAAAAACCAAUAGUUUAAGUCUCAUCCGGACAGCCAGUGCUUCCUCCAGCAAGUCAUUUGACUAUGUGAAUGGCAGUCAAGCAAGUACCAGCAUUGGGGUUGGCACUGAGGGAGUCACUAAUCUAGCAGCUACAAAUGCUAAUCGAUACUCAACUAUCAGUCUACAAGAAGACCGGCUAGGUCAUGCUGGCGAAGGAAAAGAGCUCCUCAGCCCAGGAGCCCCCUUAACCAAGCAGUCUCGAUCCCCGAGUUUCAAUAUGCAGCUAAUAUCCCAGGUGUAGUUUUGAUGUCCCCUCAUUCUCCUUACCUUUUAGACUGAACAUUUCAUUGUGCAAGACACUUCAUCCCACAUUGUGAAAAAAAUGUCACUGUAAUCAGAUCUGGUUUAGCUUAGGUAUCUUCCUACUGUAUUUUGUAUGGAAACAGCAAUAAGGUUUUCUUUUUCCUUGAACCUCUCUCCACUUAUUCCUUGUAAAUGUGUUUGUGAAGCAGUGUAAGAUGUUUGCCUUUUCCACGCCUUCCUUUCUCCUUGGGUAAUGUGCAAUCCAUCGUAGGCUGAUCGGUCCCAUUUCAACACUGUGAGACUGAGGGUAUGUUAGAGGAAAUGGUGUAUAUGAUCCCUAUGAAGUGAUUCUUUGGCUUUUGUUUAAAAACAAAACGGGUUUGUUCACAUAAUCUAUGGAACUAUGAAGAUAACUGGAUCAUAUUUUUUUCUCUCUUAACCAGGAGUGCCUCAGAGAUUCUGCUAUGACUUUGGACUUCUCUGAGUCUGUGCAAUUUUAUAUUCUUGAGAAGCAUGGGGGAAGGUGGUGGACUACUGCAAUUUUUCAUUAAAAUGAGGCUAGCUGCACCCCCUUUCCUUUAUCCCAAGGACAUAGAUGUUUAAUUAUUGAGGCAUUUAAAUUAACUUGUGACCACCUCCAUUGGAGGCCGGGGCUCUAAGUUGAUUGUGUAAUUGAUAAUGCACUUUCUCAAUGGCUCUCUAGUCAUUAACAACAUGUCUUCCCUCUUCCCACAAGGACUUGAGGACAUUUCUGCCCUUAAAGUUUGAACUAGCAAAUCAGAGACUCCAAGGGGCAUGUUCUAUUUCCUAGGAACGAUUGACACUUUGGUGCUGGGGUUGUGUGGGGGGAAGGAUGUUCUUCGUUUAGUUUGUGUGAGAUUGUAUGUGAGGUGACGUUAUAAUUGUUUUCUUUUUUUCCUUUGUGAGUUGAUAAUGACUGAAGUAGAAGCUGUACGUCUUCAGGUAAAGAGAGGGAUUUCUCAGUCCACUUUCUGUGAUGUCAGACUAUUGGAGAAACCCUUUCAGCUGCUUCCUAGAUGUACCUAAAUUCAGUCAGAUAUUGGAUAAAGAUACCUAAAGUCCUGAGAUCAUAUACUCCGAGGAAAUACAUCAGGGACAGAUAAUUGGUUGAAAACACUGAUACUUCAAUGUGACACAUUUUUAUAGAACAUUUCUACCAGAGGGUACUGACUUGAUUUCUCCACAAGGACCACACUGCCUUUGUGUUUAAUGCAAUUUGUGAAUCUUCUGAUUAUCUGCAAAGUUUCUCGUUUUUAUAAAACUUUGAAAUCAUGCCAGUAAGCUAGAUGUUGAAUGUAUGUAAGUAGCAUUUGGUAACUGCUAAGAGGCUACAAAAAUACACUAUUGGUUUAAAUUUUUUGGUUAUGAUUUGGUUGGAUAAGACUUUCUUAUAUCUCUUCUGGGUCUCAGGCUUUGUUUGAAAAAGAAGGGAAUAUAUUGGGAUUUUGAAAAUCAGUAUUGUGACUUCGACCGCUAUCCAUCUAAAGACAUCAGUUACACAUGCCCUUGUACAUGUAGACAUUUUAUGUAUUAUUGUGAAAGAAAAAUAUACUGCCUUUAUGGAAAGCAAGUGUUCUCUUAAUUGACAAAGUUGUGUUCUCUCUAUUUACAGUAGAAUUUGAUAAAUUAACCAGGAAAAUGCCUCUCUUUUUUUUUUUCACACAUAAACCACCACCACUUUUGGAAGAGUUGUUUGUCUGUGUGUCUGUUUGUUUAGGGGGCCUUGUGUUAGACUCAUCCUUGAUUGGAUUUGGUGGUCUAUAAAUUUUCAGCUCCCAGCAAAUGGAAAACUAGAACCUCAGCUAUUAGACACAUCAUUGCCAAAAUUUGGAGUAAAGCUAAAAGCUGAUACAUGAUUUAUUGAUUUUUAUAAUAUGCAUAUAUGCAAUUAUCACAGACACAUUUUAGUCCUAUUUCUACUAAUUUAACUAAGUGACAUAAAGUAAACUACAAAACAUUGUAAAACAGUGAAAACUAGUGAAAUAAAAUGAUUUUCUAACAUACUAAACAACAGGUUUCUAGUGCGUAAAGGGAGGUGUCAGUGACUCUGUAGCAAAACAUACCUGGAUUAGUAAAAGGCUAAUGGGCCCAAGUGCACAUAUAUUGGCAUCCAAGUCAAGCAUUUUAGUUAAAGCACAAAAGAAUACCAAAUAAUUUGAAGUUAUAGCAUAAACUGUAGUAGAUACAAGAAAAUGUCCUUUAAUUAGAAAUGUUAUAACUGUAAAGUUGGUUUUAAGAUAUUUUCCAGAGCCAGGUAUAGUGGCGCACACCUUUAAUCCCAGCACUCUGGGAGGCAGAGGCAAAUGGAUCUCUGAGUUCGAGGCCAGCCUGGUCUACAGAGCAUGUUCUAGGACAGCCAAGGCUACACAGAGAAACCCUGUCUUGAAAAACCAGAAGAAGAAAAAAAGUGCUUUUCAUCUUAAGAGGCUUUCAUUUAUUGGUAUGUAUAGAUUUUGUAUAUACAUCCUGAUUAAUAUUUCACAACCCUGUAACAUUUGAAUCCUAUUCUUUGGGCUGUGAUUCAGUCUCAAUAAAGAAAUCCUUCAUUCUUUAUAGCCAUGGUCUUAGAAAAAAAAUUCCUGUAUAACAUAAUAGUUCAAAUGAAAUGAGUUACACCAACUGUCCAAUUUUCUAAGAAUCAUUCUAACCACUGUGUGUUAGCAACACCUCAUUUAAAAUGGUUUUCGUUCAGUUACACAGCACCUGUUAGAAAUGUAAGCCAGAAAUGUCCAUUCUUUGUCCUUUAACAACUUCCCUUUAAUACUCCUCAGCUUUCAUAAAGCUUCAUCCCACCAACAGAAAAAGACAUUUAGGGAAAAGUGUUUGUUUUAUAUAAUUUUAAAAAAUGAUUGGUGCCAUCUGUGCUAGGUCAAAUUAAGGAAUACAGCAUCUGAAGGUUUAGGAGUUCUUCUAUGUGACUUUAAAUUAAUGUUAUUAAUAAGAAAACUAAAAUGUAAAGUAAAAAGUUGACUUAGAAGUAAGGUUUUUAAAUAUGAAAAUAUAUUAAGAAGCCAGGGAGGUAACAGGUGUUGUUUAAAGUCUUACUCCUUUACUGUUCCAUGCCUGUGUAUUGCAGAUCAGAAUUUCUGUGCGAGGAGAAACCCUAGAGAUAAUUUAGCUACUCUCUCUCCCGUACACAUCCAUCCAUCCUCAGGAAACUGAGGCUCAAAGAGGUUGUGAAAUAAAGUCCAUAACUAAGAAGCAGAGCCAUAAUCGAACCUUGUCCCCAGUCAAAUGCUUAUCCACACCCCACUGCUUCCUGUUACCCACACUUUGGUAGAUAUGUAUCUAACGCUUUUCCAUUUCUGCACUUUCUUUCUGUUUCUGGUCUAGUGGUUGGUGAAUACAUUAAGAAAAGUAUUCAUUCCAGAAAAAAAAUGUACAAUACUAAAUACAGAUGGGGAUGUGUUCAAAUGUAGGUAUCUGUGUAGCACAUUACUCUUUUCUAAUUCAUGCCUUAUGAAUUCUCUGCCACAUAACAGUUAUAUGCUGCCAUGUUAUUUGUAUUUGUGGGGGUUUGUUUAAAUGUAAAAUAAACCCAAUGAAAUGACUUUAAUCAGUGUUCUAACUAUUUAAAAGUGAUUUUGGAAUCAGCCAGUUUUCAGUCACCAAAGGUACAAUAUGGAGGACUGCAAAGUAAAGAUAACAUCAGGGCUGGAGAGAUGGCUCAGAGGUUAAGAGCACUGGCUGUUCUUCCAAAGGUCCUGAGUUCAAUUCCCAGCAACCACAUGGUGGCUCACAACCAUCUGUAAUGAGAUCUGGUGCCCUCUUCUGUUCUGGCCUGCAGACAUGCAGGCAGAACACUGUAUACAUAAAUAAAUAAAUCUAAAAAAAAAAAAAAAGAAAUAAUAAAGAUAACAUCAAUUCCAUUCAUUAUUAAGCUAGAGAGAGACUGUUUCUUACUGUGCUUAGAGCAGAUGAAAGCAAUAUUUUAUAUAUGAUUGGAAAGGGUUUAUAGUGAGUAUGAAACUUAUGAUUCAUAAUGCCCUCUGUCAUUUAUAACACAUAUUCCGUAUGAAAAUGACUCAAAGUUUCAUAGUCUCAGCUAUGUAAGCUCAGAGUCUCCAAACUGAAGUCUAAAUUCCUAUAGUCUCAGUUAUUAGAAUUACUUAUCAGACACCAGGAUACUGAGAAGAACUUCUUUAAAUUGCUUUCGUUUGCACUGUUUUUGUGAGUACUUUAAUGCAGUGAUGUGUUUUUCCUACCUCAUUUUAUGAGGUUUCUUUGGGUCCGUUUUUGAGUACUUCAGUUGUUGACAAUCAGCUGUCUCAUUUAAUUCACUGCAUGUUCAUUUAUAAAUAAAAAUACUAGUUUCUGUCUUUAUGGGUAAGGUGGCAUCCUGUAAAACACUGGUAAGGAGGAGCACUCCAUUUCUGAACUUGGAUUACAUUAUAAAGGGUUUUUUUUUUAACCAAAAAAGCUUAAUAUUUCAAUUAUAUAUAGUUUUGCAAUUUAAAAAGAAUGCUUUGUCAUGGUUGUGUGAUGCAGUUGGAGCAAGAGGCUUUUCUCUGUCAAGCCGAAUGACUGCUGUCAUUGCUUCCCCACCAGGUUGGGUGAGACACUUACUGUAAUACUUUGCAUUUUUUUUCUCAAAGUGGUUUUCAAAAAUAAGGGAUUUGAAAACUAGCUAUUGACAGCUUAACCUCUUAAAAAAUAGUGUUUGCCAGGUUAUAGAAACAUGAAAUAUGGUGUGAAAUGAUAUUAACAAAAUCAUGAGUCAUCAGGUUGGUACAAUUUUCCAUGCUAAUGUGGUGAGACAAAUUUUAGUAUUGUUUAUGCUGUGUGAAUCUAAUGGCUAGAUCACCCCGGUACUGAACUACAUAGGAACUGCUGUUCCUGUGGGAGGCACAGCCUGCCUCCUUGUCCAUGUAGGUGUGCUUUGUCUAAUUCCAACCACAUAACCCACAAGAUUUUGCUCUUUUUUUUUUCCUCCAGUAUUUUUGUAAUAUUAGACAUUUGUCCUAUGAGAAAUAUAUACAGGACCAAAUAUUCAGGCUACAGUUUCACAGAAAUCCAGGGUGACAGGAAAUAACUGGCAGUGUAGUACAGAAAUAAGAGUUUCUAUGUUUUGCUUCUGGACUUUGAGAAAAUGGGUUCAUAAUGUUUACAGACUAAGGCAUAUUCAUGUGUCUGAUAUUAUACUACUACAUUUAAUAUGGUUUUACCAAAAAAGUAGAAUUAAGUGUAUCUUAAGGUAUAAAUGAGUCUUUUUUAAAAAUUGUGUAGCUGGAGGUCGGGCUAAUAGAUCUUUUUAUUUACAAAGAGAAAUGAGCCUAAUUGGAUGGUCUAUCCCCAUCUACAGAGUUGCUCUGUGGCUUGCUGUGUUUGAGUGUAACAGUUCAGUAUUAGUCGUAUCAGGAGAUAUUUUUACAUCUUCAUCAAUCACAAAAUUUACCAAAGAAAAUGUUACUGACCAAAAUCAUUUUUAAAGCAUCUGUGAAGGAAUGUAACCCCUUUAAUGCUUUCUAACGCCAAGGGAAACAAAUAACAAUGCAUUGUUUGAACUGGAAAACACAAAUACAGUAAAUAGAUAGACAAGAUUCUAUUUUGUUCUCACAUCAGUAAGAUGUCAGUGCCCCAAUAAUACCAAUUAAAGAAUAAGUCUUAAUUUUAUUCCUUAUGACAAGUUGUUAUUAUAACUAAGGAUCUGGCUUAUCAGUGUUGAAUAUGAAAGGGGAAACUCCUUAAAUUGGUAUAUUAUAUAUUAUGGGUUGUUUAGAUAAAAUUAUAAGGAAAAUUAUUGAAUGGUACUCCUUAACGGGCAGUGGCAUUUAUUUCUAGUAUAAUAUUAGCUAAACUUACCGUCUGGUUAGUUUACAUUGAUUUAUGUACAUGUCCACUCUUACUGCUUUUUGUCUUUGCUUUAAAAACGUGAUUGGACUGAAGGAAGCUACAAUAUCCCCUUCUAAAAUAUGUAGGCCAAAAAGAUCUAAAGGGUUCAAUGUGUUUAAUGACUUCUUAAAUCAAACUGCUAUUCUAAACAUGUUCUUUUAUUUUUUUUAAUACUACGUUAUAGUUAAUAAAUGUUGGACUGAGCAUGGUGGUGCACGCCUUUAAUCCCAGCACUCGAGAGGCAGACGCAGGCAUUUCUCUGAGUUUGAGGCCAGCCUGGUCUACAUAAUGAGUUCCAGAAUAGCCAGAGCUACAUAAUGAGACCCUAUCUCAAAAAAUUAACAAGAGUGUAUUGCUUUUUGGAAGAGAAGAUUGGCUUUCAAAUAAUGACUGGUAAUAGUUUGGAUUUUUUAAAAAUUAUAUUGUCUAAAUAGAAUGCAAAAUAUGCUCCAUGUGAUGUUAAAAAUAUUUGAAGUCUAUCCUGGGUUUUACAUUGGAUCUUUUUGGUUCUUCUAAAAAUGAGGCAGGCUUUAUUAAAUUCUAUUUAAAAUUGGUGAAAAGAAACUGUUUUAGCAGUGCAAGGAUUUUACUGCCUUGGUUUUAUGUAAUGUGACUUCUGUAACAGGCAAACAGAAUAUCCCACUUUCGUUAUUUGUUUCAUAGUAGGAUAUGUUAGGCCAGCUUGUUGUUGUUUUUAACCAACACCAAUUUAUAGCUUGGUGUAAACUCCCAAGUAUUGAGGGGAUUCUGCUGGUGAAAUUCUGGGCAGGCAUGUAAAAAGUCUGAUCUUUAUUGACAAAUGUCCUUUUAACUUAGGACUAGUGGGAAAAAAAAUUUUUCCAGAACUGAAGAAAAAAAUAAACGCACAGUUAAUUAAGAUCAUAUGUAUUGGUGCAUGUGAGCCAUUAUCUUGUCCCAUUGAAUGGAUUAAUGCUGUUGAUUGUUGAAAUGUGAAAUGUAGUCACUGUUGAACUUGUAAAUAUCUGCCAGAGAUGAAAAAAUAUUUUAAGUUAUUGUAAAUAAAGAUGUAUAAAAUUCAAUAUGAGUCUGCAAUGCAGAAACCUAACAUCUCAGAUGUUAAAUAUUGUGUCUCUUGAGGGAUGUGUCAUUUCUCCCUUGAUGUAUCUAGCUACAGUAAGAAUGUAAAUUUUCUUUUGUACAGUAUAAAAAAUACAGCUUUAUUUGGCUUUUAACUGGA